UCUUUAAAAAUGGAAAAAAACUUUUUUGUGAUAUCUAGAAAAAUAUCGAUCUCGAUAACCGAAAUUUUUGUUUUAGAUCUCGUCCCUGUCUCUAUUAAAAUUGUCUUCAAGCCACUUUUAUACUAUUUCUUUAUUUCUCCCCAUUUUUAUACAAAAUUUUUUCGGCCCAACAAUCUGAUUAAGUUUUUGACCAAUUGUAACUUUUUGUUUAAAGAAAAGGAUCGAAAAUGGGGGAGAUAUCGGUGUAGUACUACUAAUUAUUCUUUAUAA